AUCAGCUGCGGAACUGCCUUGUACAUGCUACAUGCGAACGCUGUGAUUUGUUGUUUCUAUCCUAAUUGAAACACCUUCUUUACCCACUUAGAACGUCCUCCCCUGCUCCGUAAUCACGGGCUUCGAACACCGAAGAUUCGUCUUCCUUUUGACACAACACAGAGAUUUUAUGCGCUUCCCUCCGACCCCUCAUUUCUCUCCCAGGCUCUUGCGUUGGCUUGUUCUAGUAUUCAUUCGUGAUCCCGUGUGAGGUUUUCAUAUCCUAAAGAAAUUGACUGAGAGCUUUCUGGCUUAUCGGGUCGUGAAAUAGCAUGAAGCAGCGUUGGCGCAGGGGCUUGCCUACAGAAUUUUGUUAGUCUUGUUAAAGCAAGAAGUUUACGAAAGGGUGCACACCCUCCUGUUGCCGAAUAUGUUGACGAGGCGAUGAGCGAGGCAUUGUGCGCUUGAGUGAAGUAGCCCGUGUUGUGCCGCUUAACUUUAUUCCUCACGUAAGUAUGGUAGGUGAUUGUUACGGACAUAUCAUGCUGUCUCGUGGCUCGCAGUUUGAGUUAAUGAAGGCGCGGAAUAGUGUAGUGAGAGGGUUGCGGAUCGGAGUAGGGCCAGAAAGACAGUGAUUCGUGUGCCUCGAUUGAAUUUGGAUUCUGAAAAGACUGACCUAAGAAUCCACGGACUGUUUUGCAAAGAAUCAUUGAUACUACUGAGGCUAGUUGGAAACAGGGUAGAGGGAGCUUGAGUAGGAAUGUGUGGUGUGUUUGAUUUCAAGGACAUGGAGGGGUCGUCAGGGUAUGGCGGAAAUAACUGUAACGACGUAGGCACAUCAGAUGAGGGUUGUGAAUCGCAUUCUACAGAGGAGCAGCACCGAGAGGCAGCGCUCCGGAUGCAGGACUCGGAUGCCAAUUCAGAGAGUGCUGCCGAAAUGUCUUCUGAAGGAGAAAUUGGAUCACAGAGCGAAGAUUACAGCGGUCACCACGAUCAAGGGGAUGCACAUUGGGAACCGCAAGAGGCAUUGACUUUCAACACCAGUCUUGCUUCUGCGCAUACUUAUCUUGGAGGUCUUGGAGAUUUGGAGGAUGUCGUCAGUGACGGAUUCAAUGGUGCAGGUGGUCAAGUGUUGAAGCUGCCGAUGUUCUACUUGGAGGGUAUCGUUUUGUUUCCACAUCAGAAGCUUCCGCUGCGCGUGCUCCAACAGAGGUUCAAGGCUGCCGUAACUCAUGCUCUGUGUCCGGAUAGCAACGACGCGUUUCAAACCCUUGGCGUGAUUCAUAUACGAGUUUCCCGACGUGGAAUCCAUGUGGCGAACUACGGAACGACCGCUAAGAUUUGUAAAGUGAAGGAACAGAGGGAUGGAUCUGUCAAUGUCAUGACGACAGGUGAACAACGCUUCAGAAUCUUAACCGUCUGGACUCGACCUGAUGGCGCUCUGUUUGCGCAAGUCCAAAUUAUUGAAGAAGAUACCAAAAAGCUAGGUGAUUUUCCUGGUCGUUUCAAUCAUGCGUUUAGUCCAAUGGCCAGUGUUUUCAAACGAAGGACUGGCAGAGCCAAGCACAGCCCCACUGGACUGUUAUCAGGUUAUGCACCCCGAGCUGCAAGCGAGGAUGAGUUUUUUGAAGAACCAGAGGAUGCGGAGCCAAAUGUCAAUUACCAUGCAGACAUCAGAGAGGGGCAGAUGGCACAAGGAGAUCAUGUUUUGCAAGAAGAAAGUGAGGUUGAAGAUGAAGUCGCUGACGAAUAUAGGAUUGAAGCCCUUAAUGGGGACGAAAGUGACGACUUUGUGGAUGCUGUCGCUGGAGACGGGGACUGUAGCGAUGAAGACUAUGAUGGCACCGGCUCCUUCUUCGAGAGACCUCCAGUUCGCCAACGACUGGAUUUUGAGUCCUCUAUUGCGCGACGUUUGGAAGAGAUGGAAUCUGUGGAAAGAGAACCUACGGAAGGCAGGAAUCGUAAGCCUCCAGAACCUCUAGAAGUAAGUCAAUAUAGAGAGAAGGGGUUUCCUCUUGAGGGAGAACAAUCUACUGAGGAGGUGGGAGACAAAGAGAGGCAACCUGCUCAAAGUGAAGAGUCUACGGCUGCUGAGACCCUUCCCCUCUGUGCGGUGGGAUCACGAGGGGGUCCCUAUGUCAAUGCAUAUCGAAAGUGGCGAAAGGAUGCCUCUCGAUGGUCUAUGAGGGCUCAGUUAUCAACUUGGCCUCACUGGGUUUACCGUCAAUAUGAUGCUUUCGACUUGGCUCGGCGGGCAGCUGAUAUGAUGAGACAAAUGGGGAAUCAUCCUCGUCUGGAAGAACUUGUAACUAAGCCUACUGAGCUUUCGUAUUACAUAGGCAGUAACAUGCCUAUCCAGGAUCACACUCGCCAAGAGCUAUUGGAGAUCGAUACGACUCUAGCUCGUCUCAAACGUGAAAUUCAGCUACUGGAGGGCUUGGAUACAUUGAGAUGUAACUGCUGCCGCGAAGUCAUUGGGAGGCGUAGGGACGUUUUUGUUAUGUCUACUGAGGGUGCUAUUGGUGCCUACGUCAACGCACACGGCUACAUUCAUGAAACUCUCACCAUGUCAUGCGCUCGUAAUAUGCGCAUUAAAGGAGCACCACAGACUGAGAAUAGUUGGUUCCCGGGGUAUGCGUGGAUUCUUGCCAAGUGCCAGACUUGUUAUUUGAAUAACAGGGAACAGCAUAUGGGCUGGCGCUUCAUUGCAGAGGACCCGAACACCCGCCCCCAAACCUUCUGGGGCAUCCGUAGGACUCAGUUGAUUAGUAGUUCCGAAUCCCGCGCGCCUGACACUAAUUAAGCGUUUAUUAGUUGCUUUACGAAUUGGCAAACGGAUGGUCCGUGACAGCUGCUCUUUGAGGACGAGACGGUGUCAUGCUCAUGCUAGUUCAACUACGGCUUCAAUGUUGUAGUUUGAUGCAAGAUCAUUAGCUGUCACAGACUAUUCCUAGUUUGACCAUAUUUAGAUGGUCAAGGUGUACAUACUAAUUCUAGCGCAUCUGCGCUGAUUGUUUUGAUGUAGUUGUAGUUCUUGCGUGCAUCUCAGAUGCAUCUCAGAUGCAACUCAUGCAAUUUUUACAGUGUCCUUCCAGGUAAGGAGUCCAAUCCCCGGACGAGAUUCCAUUAUUUCUCUGGGUGUUUUGUGUCACGGGCAUGCUGUAAAUUGCUCUUUGAGCAUUCUCGGGAAUAGAGCCUCUUGGUCCGAAUUAUAUUCGUCUUCUGCCAUUAUACUGUUUUACAAGCUAUACUCGAGCUGGACAUUUGUUUUGGCACUUGACUGUCGCUGAAACUCUAGCUAACUUGCUCGGCCGAAAUCUUGACUAGAAUGUGUAUAUCCUUACAUCAGCAUCACAUGCUGAUACCUUUACUACUAGUAUUAAUACCACUGUUGGUACCAUUACUGUUA